GGCAAAACCGUAAAUUUUAUGGCAUUCUGAUUUUGCCCAUCCUCCUCCGGAGAGCUCUCUUCUCUACCUUCCACUCUUCGAUCCCACGUCUUCUCCACUUUUCUUCCCUCCCAUCGAUUCAAGAACCCCAAAUCCAAACCCCAACUCGCCGCAAAAUCCAAGCUUUUCAAGCAAUCGCUGAGAAAAAGGACUCACCUUGGGCCGGAUCGAGUGAAGUGAGGCCAUGGCGUCGCUGGGGGGCGAGGAGGAGGAGGCGUUCGAGCACACGCUGCUGGUGGUGCGGGAGGUGGCCGUGUACAAGAUCCCGCCGCGGUCGACGAGCGGCGGGUACAAGUGCGGCGAGUGGCUGCAGUCGGACAGGAUCUGGGCGGGGCGGCUCCGCGUGGUGUCCUGCGGCGACCGGUGCGAGAUCCGGCUCGAGGACCCGGGCUCCGGCGACCUCUUCGCCGCCUGCUUCGUGCUGCCCGGCCAGCGGGAGAGCUCCGUCGAGACCGUGCUCGACUCGUCCCGCUACUUCGUGCUCCGCAUCGAGGACGGCAGGGGGAAGCACGCCUUCGUCGGCCUCGGCUUCAACGAGCGCAACGAGGCGUUCGACUUCAACGUCGCGCUGUCGGACCACGAGAAGUACGUCAAGAGGGAGCACGAGAAGGAGACCGCCGCCGGCGGCGCCGGCGGCGAGGAGAGCGACGACGGUCAGAUUGACAUCCACCCGGCUGUCAACCGCCGGCUCAAGGAAGGUGAAACCAUCAGGAUAAAUGUAAAAAAUAAGCCAUCAACUGGAAGUGGUAUGCUUUCAUCUGCUGGUCUAUCUGGUGGGGCAAGUGCAAAACCCAAGGCAAGCAUGCUCCUUGCGCCUCCACCAGGUGCAGCUGGGAAGCUUCGAUCUCCUCUUCCACCUCCACCAAAUGACCCUGCAGCCGCAAGGAUGAAUUCUGGCCAUAAUACUGGAAUCAUGGGCCCGAUAGAACCUGCCAAGAGAAACAGCGACGCCUUUUCAGAUCUUUCUUCUAUGAAGGCCCAAUUUCUAGCCAUAAUUUCAUUCGCAAUGGAUUCAGCGAGGAGCUGGUUCACCAAGCUCCAAACCAGGGAGAAAUCCAUUGGCAAGAAGAAAGAAUUGCCUCCCAAUGGCAAGGAAGGGAGCGAGGAUGCGCCGUCGAGUGCCACCAAGCAGAGGGUUGCUGCGGCUAAGCAGUACAUUGAGAAGCAUUACAAGGAGCAGAUGAAAAAUUUGCAGGACAGGAAAGAAAGAAGGUGUAGUCUAGAAAAGAAACUAGCAGAUGCUAAUGUAUCGGAGGAGGAGCAUAACAACAUACUUAAGCAAUUCGAGAAGAAAGAGACGGAGUAUAUGCGUAUGCAGAGGCACAAAAUGAGUGUUGAUGAUUUUGAUCUUUUGACAAUGAUAGGGAAAGGAGCAUUUGGUGAGGUUAGAGUCUGCAGAGAGAAGACCACUGGAAAUGUAUAUGCAAUGAAGAAACUUAGGAAAGCAGAAAUGCUUCGCCGUGGUCAGGUUGAGCAUGUCAAAGCUGAAAGAAAUCUUCUUGCUGAAGUGGAUCACCAUUGCAUUGUUAAGCUAUAUUGUUCAUUCCAAGACAACGAGUAUCUGUACCUGAUAAUGGAAUACCUUCCUGGAGGCGACAUGAUGACAUUGCUAAUGAGAAAAGAUACAUUGACUGAAGAUGAGGCCAGGUUCUAUGUUGGUGAAACUGUUCUUGCAAUAGAAGCUAUCCACAAGCACAACUACAUUCACAGAGAUAUCAAGCCUGAUAACCUGCUGUUAGAUAAAUAUGGUCACUUGAGACUGUCAGAUUUUGGAUUAUGCAAGCCGCUAGAUUAUUCCAACUUCCCAGACCUGAAUGAAAAGGAUGUCACACCUGCGAAAACACAGUCAACGAAUGGUGAUGGGAGACAGCAAUCCAUGCCAAAGCGCACGCAGCAAGAACAGCUGGAGCACUGGCAGAAGAACAGAAGAACUUUGGCUUACUCCACUGUCGGUACACCUGACUACAUUGCUCCAGAAGUUCUUCUAAAGAAAGGUUAUGGAAUGGAGUGUGAUUGGUGGUCACUUGGAGCUAUCAUGUAUGAAAUGCUAGUGGGCUAUCCCCCAUUUUAUUCUGAUGAGCCUAUGACAACUUGCAGAAAGAUAGUGAAUUGGAGAACACAUUUGAAAUUUCCCGAAGAAGCACGGCUAACGGCAGAGGCAAAAGAUGUUAUAAGCAAACUCUUAUGCAAUGUCGACCAACGCCUUGGCACAAAAGGGGCCGAAGAAAUAAAGGAGCACUCCUGGUUUGGUGGAGUAGAAUGGGACAAAUUAUAUGAAUUAGAAGCAGCAUAUACACCUCAAGUCACUGAUGAGUUGGAUACUCAGAAUUUUGAGAAGUUUGAAGAGUCUUCAGAUAGUAUUCAAUGUUCAGCAAAGGCAGGACCUUGGAGAAAGAUGCUUUCUUCAAAGGAUUUGAAUUUCGUGGGCUACACAUACAAGAACUUCGAACUUGUGAAUGAUCCUGAAGUACUUGGGAUGGCUGAGCUGAAGAAGAAGGAGAAGGCUAAGAGACCAAGCGCCAAAUCCCUCUUUGAUUCUUCACCAGAAGAAGAGGAGCAGCCACCUGAAGUCAACGACGAAGGAAGCGCCAGGAAAACAGAGCCUGAAGGCCCUGAACUGUCGAGAAGCCUCAGCUCACCGUCGACAUAGAGCCUUUGCUUUGAGCCCGGCCCAUCACAUUUUAGCCAGGACCAUGUACGUAGCAACCGGCAUUCACUUGGUCCUAUGCAUCAUCGACGUGUGGAUCUUAGCGAUGGACAUCAUUUAGUUGAACUAGAGUUGGCCACGGAUCACUCGUGAACUGACCUGCGUCUAGGCUUAUUAAUGGGUUGGAUGGAAAUGAGUUAAAUAGGUUGGUUUUAAUUUGGAUUGUGUUUGGUUGGGUGCAAAUGGAU